AUGUCUGGACGUGGAAAAGGAGGUAAAGCUAAGACCGGAGGAAAAUCCAAGUCACGUUCGUCACGUGCUGGACUUCAAUUCCCCGUUGGUCGUCUUCAUCGUAUGCUCCGCAAGGGCAACUAUGCUGGACGUAUCGGUGGUGGAGCACCUGUCUACUUGGCUGCCGUUCUCGAAUAUCUCGCUGCUGAAGUGCUCGAGUUGGCCGGUAACGCUGCCCGUGACAACAAGAAGACCAGAAUCAACCCUCGUCAUCUCCAGUUGGCCGUUCGCAACGACGAAGAGCUCAACAAGCUCCUCUCCGGUGUGACCAUCGCUCAAGGAGGUGUUCUGCCAAACAUCCAGGCCGUUCUCCUUCCCAAGAAGACCGCCGGUGACAAGGAAUAA